GCUCUGAUGGGGCAGCUUCCUUUAGGACCCUAAAGUAGCUACUUAGCGUUAGCUGUUGCAUUGAAAACUUACAGGACUUUUACAUUUUUUUACAAGAAAUAUAAAGAUGGCUGUUUCACCAGCGGUCACAACAUUGUGUGAGAAUCCAAAUGAAGUCUUCUUAGAUGUCACGAAGUUGUUACUUACAUACGCGGACAACAUUAUAAGGUAUCCCAAUGAAGAGAAAUACAGAUCAAUACGCAUUGGGAAUCCAACUUUCUCCACAAAACUGUUGCCUGUCAAAGGUGCUGUAGAGUGUCUCUUUGAGAUGGGAUUUGAGGAGGCUGAGACUCACUUAGUCUUCCCAAAGUCUGCAUCAGUGGAAAAGCUGAAGCUCAUCAGGGAAUCUAUUGCCACAGAAAGGGAUCAGAGGCUACGUGAGGGAUGUCCUGUCCAACCAGCUCCUGCUGCAGCUUCAGCCUCAGCAGCAACAAGCUCUAGUGCUGCGUCUAACCUAUCUGCAGCGGCUCCAGCACAGCAGCCACCGUCCGUGGAGAGCAGCAUGAGCUUCUUUGUGACUCUUCAAACAAACUUCCAACAUGUGCUGCUUUAUGAAAACCCUGAGCUGCAACAGAAAGCCCGGAGUUUGAUCCCUCACCAGGAGCUGUACUCUGCUGCUCAACAAAAGCUGAAGGAGGCUAAUGAGUCUGACCCAAAAUGUAAAAUUGGAAUAGAAGACUUCUUGGUGCUGGAAUUGCUCAGGUGGUUCAAAAAUGACUUCUUCACCUGGGUGGACUGUUUGCCCUGCCAUCUCUGUGGAGGACAGACUCAGAACGCUCCCUCCCUCAGUCCUAGCACCGAUGACCUCCACUGGGGAGCCCAGCGAGUGGAAAACCACUAUUGUCAGAGCUGCCAGGUUUCCACCAGAUUCCCCAGGUAUAACAAUCCUGAGAAGCUGUUGGAAACCAGGAGAGGGCGCUGUGGGGAAUGGGCCAACUGUUUUACCCUGUGCUGCAGAGCUGUCGGCCUUGAGGCCAGGUACAUCUGGGACAGCACAGACCAUGUGUGGACAGAGAUUUAUUCUGUCUCUCAGCGCCGUUGGCUACACUGUGACCCAUGUGAGAAUAUCUGUGAUAAGCCUCUUCUGUAUGAGGUCGGUUGGGGGAAAAAAUUGGCCUAUGUUCUAGCUUUCUCCAAGGACCAGGUGGUUGAUGUGACAUGGAGGUAUUCCUGCAAUCAUCCAGAGGUUUUGUUGAGAAGGACCAGGGUUCAGGAGGCCUGGCUGCUGCACACCAUUAAUAGGCUCUCUGCAGUGCGGCAGCAGUUCCUGAGUCCAGAGAGGAAGAAAGAACUGACAGAGAGGCUGCUUGUCGAGUUGGUGGAGUUCAUCUCUCCGAAGAAACCAAAAGCAGGAGAGCUAGGCGGGCGCAACUCUGGCUCUCUGGCCUGGAGAAUAGCUCGGGGUGAGACCAGAGCGAGCAAUGAAAAAACCUCCACAGAGGCUGUAGGUUUUGUGUUUACUCCGACUGACAAAGAGAAGAGUGACAGGAUGCUCCACAUACGCUACAGCGCCUCCAAAGACCAGUACUGCCGAGUGUCCGAUGGCUCUGAAAUGAUCCAGACCUGGUCUCAGUGCGCAUGGAGCACAGAGUCUAUUUUCAGAAAGGUGGAACAUGAUUGGCAGAUGGCGUACCUGGCACGAACAGAAGGCUCUCCUACAGGAAGAAUCAGCUGGAAGUUCGACUUUGCUCCAGCAGGAAUGAAGAUAAAGUCUGUCUCUAUCAUGGCCAGUAGCCAGACCUACCACUCUGGGAAAGCCUGCUGGCAUUUGCACUCGGGCCAGUUUACUACAGAGUUCUCCGGAGAUGGCAGUGCGCAGUCCUUUUCCAGUCUGUGUGGCUCUUCAGAGUUCAUCGUUGCAGCAGAAGUCAGCGGGGGCACAGGGGAAACGGCAUGGCAGCAUUCUCAGCUGUUCAGACAGAGCUUGAAGGAGACUGAGGAGUCUGCGUUUGAAGUCAUCGUUCAUCUUCAAGAUGCUUAACACUUUAAAAAAAAAAUACUUGAUCACUCUGAGAUGUUCAGAGCUGUUUGGGUUGUAGUUUCAGUGCAAUAUAGAAUUCCUCAGGAUGAUUAAACAUGCAUGGCCUAAUGAUGGACUCAUUAAGAUAUGACUUUCAUUCCUUUCACACAUUUUAAUCUCUUACUUUGACUGAAGGCCAUUUAACAUGAGACUUGCACAGUUUUAACCAUAAAGCCAUAAAGUUUUUCAAUGUUUCCCUCCACUGUAAAUGUGUUUGCAAUUUGUAGUGCGUGGAGACAUUUCACAUACUGUUCUGUUAGGGUCAGAGUUCUGCAGGUCUGUUGUUACUAAUAAACUGUUUGAUGUUAAAUCUGCAAAUUAAAAAUGGGCUGUUUACCUACAAUACUCA